UAGCCCAUUGAUACUAUACAUAUAACGCAUUAUAAGAGCCUGCAAGAUACAAUAAUCUUAUUAUAGAAGAGAUGGGUAUAAUUAAUUCUUUGCUAAUCAUAGUUAGUUUGAGUUUAAUCUUGAUCCCGGUUAUUAAAUCUCAAGGAGGAUUACAAUCCGGUUUUUACUCUUCGACGUGUUCCAAAGCUGAAGCUACUGUGAGGUCAACCGUCGAAACACAUUUUAAGAAGGAUCCUACUAUUGCUGCUGCCCUUCUCAGGCUUCAUUUUCAUGAUUGCUUUGUUGAGGGCUGUGAUGGCUCAAUCUUGAUAAAGGGUAGUUCUGCUGAGAUUAAUGCUUUGCCUAAUCUUGGAUUAAGAGGUUUUGAAGUCAUUGACGAUGCUAAGACGCAAUUGGAAGCUUUGUGCCCCGGUGUGGUUUCUUGUGCUGAUAUUCUCGCAUUGGCUGCUCGUGAUUCAGUUGACCUGAGUGAGGGUCCAAACUGGGCAGUGCCAACAGGCAGACGAGAUGGCAGAGUCUCGGCGGCAUCCAAAGCUUCUAACUUGCCAUCACCGUUAGAUUCAGUUGAUGCCCAAAGGAAGAAGUUUGCAGAUAAAGGCCUUGAUGAUCGUGAUCUAGUUACUUUAGCUGGUGCACAUACUAUAGGCCAAACAGAUUGCAGAUUCUUCAAAUACCGUCUAUACAACUUCACAACUACCGGUAAUUCAGACCCUAGCUUGAGUCAGUCGGCUCUAACACAGUUCCAGACCAUGUGUCCAAAGAGCAGUGAUGGCAAAGAGCGAGUGGCAUUGGACAUAGAUAGCCCUAUGAAGUUUGAUGUGAACUAUUUCAAGAAUGUGCGUGAUGGAAAUGGAGUUUUGGAGUCAGAUCAGCGAUUAUGGGGCGAUCCAACGACUCAUGAUAUAGUGAAAAACUAUGCAGGGACCAUUAGAGGGUUGCUGGGACUUAGAUUUGAUUUUGAGUUCAAGAAAUCCAUGGUCAAGAUGAGUAGCAUUGAAGUGAAAACUGGUGCACAGGGGGAAAUUCGAAAGAUUUGUUCCAAGUUUAACUAAACAACAAGGACAAUAUAGCCAUUUUGUAUGUAUUGAUUAGUGUGUACGUGUACCUUUAAAGUGAUUUUGAUAUAUCUUCUUUAGCUCUAUUGUAUCAUAUUAUAAAAAUUAUCAAGUUGGUUAUUACUGUA